AUGGAAUAUGAGGAACAACAUCAAUCUAACGUGAACUUCUUAUCAAAACUUACUUCAUUAUCAUUAUCUGAAGCAAUUCGUCCUACUACAUUUGAACAAUAUGUGGGGCAAGAUCAUCUUAUAAAUCCUCAAAAUGGUGCCAUUAGAAAUUUUAUUAAAUUAGGUUAUUUACCAUCAAUGAUACUUUCAGGACCUCCAGGUAUUGGUAAAACUACAUUAGCUUCAGUUAUUUCUUAUGAAUGUGGAUUACCAUUUUUAGAAUUAUCAGCAACUACAAUGACAACACUGGAUUUGAAAAUUAUCAUGGAAACUCAUAAUACUCAAUUAGUAUUAUUUAUUGAUGAAUUACAUCGAUUAACGAAAAUUCAACAAGAUUGGUUAUUACCAUAUAUUGAAAAUGGGAAAAUUAUAUUGAUUGGUGCAACAACAGUACAACCAAAUUCAACAAGGAUUCGUCAAGCUAUAUUAUCAAGAUGUCAAAUAUUUAAAUUGGAAAAAUUGAUUGUGCCAGAAAUUAAAAAAGUUUUAUAUCAUGCCAUAAUUUUCCAAAAUUUAAAACGGAAAAAUCUUUAUCAAUUAGGAAAUAUUGUUUAUAAAAGUGAAUGUUUUGAUUUAAUAUUGAAUAGAGCUCAAGGUGAUUGUAGAAUUGCCAUAAAUUUGGUUGAAUUAAUUAGUGAUAAUUUUGUUGAUAAUAUUAAUGAUGUGGAAUUACUGAAAGAUAAAUUACAACAAAUUUUCCACAGUUUAAAUUAUAAUAAUAGUUUGGGUUUUGGAGGGGAUAAUUAUGAUGAUAUAAUGACAAGAUUUAUGAGAAUAUUAGCUCAAGGUUGUUCAAGAAGUAAAAAAAUUUAUAAAAAUCCAUUAGAAUUUGUUUAUGAAGAUUUCAAAUGUCAAAAUUUUCAAAAUCAUUAUCUUCAACAAAUGCAAGUAUCUGAUGAUAGUGAUGUUGAACCUGGGGAUAUUUAUUCCGAAGAUGAAGAAGACGAACCAAAAAAAAUGAAUCAAUUGGGAAAACAUAUUGAUGAUUAUCAACUUAUUUCAGCAUUGUUUUAUCUUAAUUUAUUAUUGCAACGAGGGCAAUCUCCCAAUAUGAUAUUCCAUUAUUUAAUAAUGUUUACUAUAAAAUACAUUGAAUGUGAUAAUUUUACAUUAAGAAAAUUAUUAUCAUUUAAAAAAGCCAUUGGUAAUAGGAAUAAUGAUACAGAAUGGAUAUUAUCAAAUUGUGUUGAAUGGUUAAUGUAUCAAAAAAGAACAGUUGAUGGUAUAUAUUUGUGGGAAUAUAUUUCAUAUAUUAAAACUUUUUGCAAUAAACAAAUGAAAUUGGAUGAUGCUAUUAGUAAUGAUGAUGAUGAUGAUGAAAUUGAAAUUGAAAUUUCUUAUGAAUCUGAUGAUAUUAAAAUGGUUGAAACGUUUCCUGUAUUUCCUGAUCCUCCUAAUUCAUUAAUAGCUGAUUUUGAAGUUGAAUAUAUUUAG